AUGAGGCUUGCCCUCCUAGCCCUCGUGGGUGUGGCCCUCGCGGUCCACCAAACACUUGACCUGCUUCCUCUGAAGCCACGCAAGGAGUACGUCUUCCGCUUUGAAGGAGAUGUUCACUCCGGAAUCCCGCUCCCAACCGACACCACCAUCUCUCGCAUACAGGCUAUGGUACAUGUCCAGAUCCCUGACGACCACCACGCCAUUCUCAAGCUGAGAGAUGUUCGCUUUGCUACUGGAGAAGACGAACGCAGAGAACUCUUCAAACCGAUCGAUGACCUGAAAAUGCGCACAAUCUCAAGGGAGCACCUCGAUCUCCUUGAGUUGCCAGUCCGUUUUGUCUACAAGAACGGCAUGAUUUCCGAUGUAAUCUUUGUCGACAAGGAGGAGACCUGGUCCGCCAACGUGAAGCGAUCUGUCAUCAACAUGCUCCAGCUUAACCUCCACAAGAUGGGACGAACUGACGAGCUUACAAUGGACAGGUACGAGGUGGACCGUGACAACGAGUACUUCACUGUUACCGAGCGAACCAUCGAAGGAGACUGUGAGGUUGCUUACACCGUUCUCAAGAAAAAGGACUUUGUCACUGAGGUCACUAAGACCGUUAACUUUGACAAGUGCACUCGUCGCCCAGAGGCAAUGUAUAACUUCCGCCAUCUGACAGAGUGCCUCGAAUGCAAGGAGAAGGACGUUUUCGAGCCCACCACUGUCUACACUUACCUGCUCGAAAAGGAGGGUCUCAAGAAAGUCGAGGUUCGCUCCAUGUAUACUGUCACCAUCGAGAACCAGCCAAUUAUGAAGACUGAGAUCCGCACCAGACUCAUCCUGGAGGACGUCAUGGAGAUUAGGCGUGAUUUUGAAUGGAUUGAUGGCAAGAAGGAGACUCUGAUCUAUAACAACGAAGUUGAGAGGCACAUUGAACGCUUCUACAUGUAUGGAGAUGAUGUUGAGGUCCUGCCUUAUGAGCGGGUUAAGGACAAGAUCGUGGUUAUCCGCAAUAUCAUUGACGAGAUCAGGGAGCUCAAAGAAAACAAGCACGAGACUACCCACCUUCUUUCCCGCCUCGUUUCCAUGUUCCGGAUGUUGACCAUGGAAGAGCUGAAUACUGUCCACUCGGAGAUCUACAUGAACGUUGAAGAACGUCUCAAGAUCCUGAUUGAACACACGAUGGCCAUUGCUGGAACUAAAAACACAAUUACCCAUCUUCUUCGCCACAUGGAGAUGAGGCACUUCAAGGUUUACAGGAUUGUGCACCUUCUCAAGUCCAUUCAGGAAACUCCAUAUCCAUCCCCGAAGAUCGUUGAUGAGCUUCUUCACUUCACAGAAACCGAGGUUGUCAAACGCUCGCCAGUCGUCCGUCAGACCAUUUGGCUUACAAUCGGAUCUGUCAUGAGAGGAGUUGUUGGAAAAACCAUGGACAAGACUCUUCUGAAGGAAGACUACCAUGAGUUGAAGCGCAGAUAUCUCAACAUCAUGAUGAAGGAGUAUGAGAAGGUUGACAGCAUCUAUGAGAAGGUACUUCUUCUAAAAUCUCUCGCCAACGCCGGAAUUGACCUCUCUGUCUAUGAGCUCGAGAAGAUCAUUCUGAAUAAGCGUGAGGAACUUCUCGUUCGCAUGGAAGCCAUCGAUGCACUGCGUCUUCUAAAAGAUCUGAUGCCACGCAAGAUCCAGUCCAUUCUCAUGCCAGUUUAUAAGAGCCGUGUCGAGGAACCUGAGCUCAGGAUGGCCGCUCUUGUCCGCAUCAUGCACACCCUACCUCGCCAGCCCAUGAUUACCCAGAUCAUUUCCACCAUGGAGCGCGAGCCGAAUCAGCAGGUUGCUGCCUUCACCUAUGACCUGCUCCACUCUUUCGUCAAAACCACUCACCACUGCUACAAGAAGCUUGCCUCUGAGAUCCUUCCGCUCCUGACCAUGACCCGCUAUCAGCGUGGCGAACGUGUCUUCACCAGCACUUACAAGUACUUGCCCAUGUUCAAGGAGGAGAUUAUGACCGGCGUCAACAUGGACUUUGCCACCAUUUUCGGAAAGAACAGUGUCUGGCCCAAGGAGCUGAUGGUCAAACUUGACACGGUGUUCUCAGGAAUGUGGAACAAGUAUCUGUUCCAGUUCGGAAUCACUCAGCAGAACAUUGAAAAGAUCUUGGAAAAGCUGAGCUACAAACUAAUGAAGAUGGAAAAAACCACGCACACUGUGGUACGCGGACGCCGAAUUCGUGAAACGUUGACUCUUCUGAAGGACAUCGCCAAGAAGCUUGACAUUCGUCCUCGUGUCAUUGACGACAAGACUCCUCUUGUCAUGCUUUACUUCCGCUACAAGGACAUGGACUACGCUGUCCUCCCUAUCGACGACAAGAUCAUUGACGACCUGCUCGAGAAGUUCAUCCGAGACGGCAGGCUUGAGAAGAGGGAAAUCGAGCGCUUCCUCAGCCGUGACCCCGAAUUCCACCUUCACACCUUCACCUUCUUCUAUGAGACCAUUAGAAGGCUGCCAACAACCCUUGGUCUGCCCCUGAUUAUGAAGCACAAACUGCCAACUGUCAUGUCUGCUGUGGGAGAAUUCACCGUGGAAAUGGUGCCGGUUGGAUUCCGUGUCCGUCUUAACACCAUGCCAUCCGUUGUCGCCACCCAUGUUGGAGAGAUGAGAUUGUGGAACCCGCUCUUCGAACAGGGAGUAAAACUCGUGCGCUCUGUUGAGACUCGCCUUCCCAUUGAUGUCGAGAUUGAGAUGAACUACAGGAACGGAUUCGAAAUCAAGAAGACAUUCAAUAUUCCCACUGAUGAGAAGACUCUGAUUCACUAUACUUCGCGACCAAUGACCAUCUUCCGAUUCUUUAGCGGAGAGAAGAUAUUCAACACAGAGACCGAGCUGAAGACCAUUGUUCUGCCCAAAUGGAGACAUCUGAAUAUGGAGAAAGAGUGGGUGUUCAACAUCUGGGGAAUGAAGACUGUUCUUCGUGGAAACUGGCUCCACACAUGGAAUGUGCGCGAUAUCCUCCUCGGAGAGUAUGACUGGGAGUUUGUUCUGAUUCCAACUCGCGAAGCACCAAAGAGAAUUCUUUUCCACUUGAACAGCGGAAGACUUGAAGAGAUUCGCCUUGACAGGAUCGACUUCACUCACCUCUUCGAGAAAGAGUUUGAAGUUGAGACUAACGAGUAUGAGAGAUUCGAGGAGAGAGAACGUCGCGAAUACUUCCACAAGAAUGUGCGCGACAUCGAGAGGAAGAACGGAUACAGACAUCGUCUGCUCAUGAAGAUCGAAACCGUUGAUUCUCCAGUGCACCACUAUGGAAAUGUCGAAUUGGUGACUGUUUGCGACGAGGAGUUCCGCUAUUGCAAGCACACCGUAGACGGCAAACGCUCUCCCGUUUUUGAUGAACGCCGUGAAUGGAGGUUCGUGAUGAACGUGCAAUUCGUUCUACCGCAGAUGCCGAGGUCUCUCAUCGAGCUUAAAAAGCAGAUCCACCGCGAAAUCCAGGGGCUUGUUGAGAUGAGGUGGGGAACUGAGGAGAGGAACGAGCUUAAGAUGAAGUUCCAGAUGGAGCAGAGCAAGGAGCAGAAGAAGUGGCUGAAACUGGUUGAGAAGAAACACGAGGGACUCACCGCCUACGACCUCCUUCUGAGAGCAUCUCGCCUAAACCAGCUCAAGGUUGUUGUUGACUACGAACUCACCCCCUACAUGAAAAUCCUCUUUGAGCACAUCUACAACUACAUGAAGGGCUACACCUUCUGGAACAACAAGGUGACCAGAUUGAACCGCGAGAACAAGAGAAUGUUCUUUAAGCUUCAUGUGGACCCAAUUACCCGUAACCUGAUAAACGUUAUGCUUGAGAUGCCAUACGAGCGCUUCGAACUGGUUGAUUUUGUUGUUCCUCAGCUGUAUUUGCCCACGAUUGCCAAGAGGACUCUUCGCGACAUCCGCUACGAGGUGAGCGAGCCUGUAUGUGAAGUGAAGAGCACCAAGGUCAAGACCUUCGAUGACGUUAUCUUCCGUGCCCCUCUUACCAACUGCUACUCGGUCAUCGCGAAGGAUUGCUCGGAAGAACCUCGUUUCGUUGUCAUGGUCAAGAAGAUCGACAGGCACACUGACAUGAAGGCACGUCCAGACGUGCUUUGUAGCAAAGGACUUACUCUAAUUACUUUGUUGCAGAAGCUGAAGAUUAUCAACGAGCGAGAGCAGGUCAUCAUGGUUGAAAUGGUUGACGACAGACUCAGGGUCAUGGUCGAUAAGCAGAUGGUCAACAGGGAGGAACUGGAAAAGUACAACGUCGAGCUGAUCGAAGACAAUAUGGUCCGCGUGAGACUCGAGGAUCUCAUUGUGCACUUCGACGGCUACACUGUCAAGGUCUACAUGGGCAAACACAUGGCUGAGAGGCAGUGCGGUCUGUGCGGACACUUCGACGAGGAGAAGGACAAUGAGUUCUUCACCCCAAAGAGGGAAUACACCGACGAUAUUAUGGAGUUCCACAAGUCGUACCUUCUGAAUGAUGAAUGCGAAGUCGAGAAGGACUUUCUCUAUGAGAAAAAGCACUACAGGCUCGAGAAUCGUGAGGAGCGUGUGGAAAAGGAAGACUUCUACGAAGAUGACUACAGGCGCAAGGAGAAAGAGCGCACCUACAACUACAGAGGUGAAGAAGGUCAGCUGUGGGUAAAAAAAAACCCUGACAAGUUUCCGAUACAGAUUCAUGCGAUUUCAGAGAUACUGGAGAAGACACACGUGAUGGAGUUCCCACACCGUGUCUGCUUCUCGCUUGAGCCAGUUCGUGUGUGCCGCAAGAACGAAGAGAUGGAUGAGGUGAUUGACAAGAAAGUUCGCUUCACCUGCCUUUCUCGCUCAUCUCGUGAGGCUCGUGAGCUUCUUCACAAAGUCCGUAACAACGUUCUCGACUUGAAGCACUACCCCGUUUCGUUCGUGGAGACUAUUCAGAUUCCCCGCACUUGUACUGUCUAUUGA